UGAUACUAGAUUUUUCCCGGAAAAUUAUACUCUCUACUUUCUGUUUUGUUUUCGACUUCCCGUUGCACAAUGGCAAUAGUGAAAUUAUCACCAUCAGAAAUAUUCUUCAGUCAAGAUUCGAUAUCAAAUUGUUUUGGAAGCUAUACACCGCAUCGUAAUAAAACUAUUGGUGAAACUCUGGACGACAUAAUUUCGGGAAAGAGCACUCUCACAGCUCUUCCAACUAUAAAUGUGAUAAAGAAAGGAAAUAAAUGGGUAACAGCAGAUAAUCGAAGAUUGUGGGUUUUCAAAAAGCUCCAAAAGCUUGGAAAAUGUCAUACGAUUGAUGCUGUAGUAACUUACUUCAUUAAACCAACAAAAUGUUAUAUUCUUUCAAGCACCAGAGUGAGAGGAAAUGAAGGAGGAACUCUGUGGAGAUCGCUAGAAUCUAAACAAUCUAAUCCUUAUUAUGGGACACCAGUCAACCCUUUUUUUUCUCUCAGAGAAGCAUCACUAGAUUCGAUGUCACUCAGUGAUCGUACUGAACAUUCAUCUGAGGAGUCGUCCCAGAUGUGUUCUGUCUCUGACAGUACAUUUCCUGGUUACCGCGGUGUUGCCAGAAGGCCUGGAUAUGCAGGUUUAACUUCGAUUUCGUCUAUUACAGAUCAAACUACCAAGAAUGACUAUAAACGUGAAUUUAGACCAACUAGUGUUUGCCAAACGUCACGUGAAACAUAUGAAUCAGAAGCCAAAUUAGCUAAAAUCUGUUCAAGUAAGGUUGCAUGGUCAGAAGAGAAAAAAGUAGUUCGACAACCUAAUCCUUAUUAUAGGACACCAGUCAACCCUUUUAUUUCUCUCAGAGAAGCAUCACUAGAUUCGAUGUCACUCAGUGAUCGUACUGAACAUUCAUCUGAGGCAUCGUCCCAGAUGUGUUUUGUCUCUGACAGUACAUUUCCUGGUUACCGCGGUGUUGCCAGAAGGACUGGAUAUUCAGGUUUAACUUCGAUUUCGUCUAUUACAGAUCAAACUACCAAGAAUGACUCUAAACGUGAAUAUAGACCAACUAGUGUUUGUCAAACGUCACGUGAAGCAUAUGAAUCAGAAGCCGAAUUAACUAAAACAUGUUCAAGUAAGGUUGCAUGGUCAGAAGAGAAAAAAGUAGUUCGACAACCUUACACCCAAGAAUUAGUAAAAACUGUUAACUUAAACCCAUUAGAUGUGGGAUUUGCUGGUGGUUCAGGAUAUUUCGUAUCUUUUGAUGGAAAUUUUGAUGGAAACUUAAUGGGCGAGUGUUUAGACAAAAAUUUACAAAUGUUGCCACAAAAGAUGAUUACUUUUAAACUAAAAGUCUUUAUAUAUAGAGGAAAAUACUAUUCGGAGGAACGUUUGAAUUUAUGGAUGAUACAGUCUUUGAACAGAUUUUCUGAUAAAAUUACAAUAGCAGGAGACGUCGUUCCUGCACCAGCCGAUAUUUUAACAAUGCAACUUCGAAAUUGUGUAAUAUCAGUCGACAGAGUUGGUGGGGAAAAGUGGAAACAACUCACUAUGCUACACGGUCUUCCAACAAAGAAGAGAAAACUCUUAAAUCCCGCAGAUAUCCUGUAUUCAACAAAAACAAUUCUGGAUACAUACAACGGACAUUCCAUAGUCAAGGAACUAAUUAAGGUUUAUUCUUCCGAAACAACAAUUCACGAAAUCAGUGUGAUUGAACACAAUUGUAAAUAUUAUGCAUUGGAAAACCAAAAACUAUGGAUCUUGAAAAACGCAGAAGUUGCAAGGGGACCAUUGAGAGUUAUUGGAAACGUAAAGAUCAGUAUGGAUUAUAUCAUGUUUCACAGCUUUACCUCUGAUAACAUCAGGGAUGUGGAUAUCAAGAUGGACAUAACGAGACAUACAAUGGAAGAAAGGUUUAUGCUGGAAUACAUCCGACGGGUGAAAACAUCCUAAUACUAUGAUGAACAAUUUUAUAUUGUAAAAACAUAUACUGUCAUUAAAUAUGAUAGUAUGUCAUAACAAUUAGUCAAACAUUAGAAGUUAUAUUAGCAAAAAAGAACUUUUUUAGCAUCUACUGAUUGAAUGAUAUAACAGUUAUACUUUAUAACAAAAACAAAAAAGCAGCUUGAAAAUGAAUUUUUCUGAAAAAUAAUCACGUUUGAAGGUAUUAACAGAAUCAUUAGUAAAACUGAUAAUAUCAAAUUAUAAAAUAACGGUAUCUAUAUUUUUUGGCAUUUGAAAAUCACAUGUAUUGUAUCAUUUUCUAUUCAUUGCUUUAAUUACAUAAUCUUAGAAUAAUUAUGCGUGCAUUGGGUCGAUCGAGUGUGAAAAUGCCAGAUAUUUUAAAUAAUCGUAUGUGCUGAAAACACCCAGAGAUCCAUUUUGAUAUCACGGGCUUAACAUAAACUAAUAAGUUAUGUUUUGAUAUCGAUGAUGCAGUCUUAUGAUUACUACAGUACUAAAAGAACUGUUUAUCACGUUUUAGUAGAUAAAUGUUUGAUCUAAUUAUAGCCAACGCGCGUUAUUCAAUUUGUCUGCUCAUCUAAUGGCAGUUAUUGAUUUGACGACCCUAAAAACUAAAUCAUUUAAUGCAUAUAUUUACAUUCCUUUACUGAUGAAAUCAAUUAUUUACCUAAUCAGUCCAAAUAACUGCA